GGACAUGUGCAGGCUGGGCUAGGAGCCGCCGCCUCCCCCCCGCCCAGCGAUGUAUUCAGCGCCCUCCGCCUGCUCUUGCCUGUGUUUACACUUCCUGCUGCUCUGCUUCCAGGUACAGGUGCUGGCGGCUGAGGAGAACGUGGACUUCCGCAUCCAUGUGGAGAACCAGACCCGGGCUCGGGAUGAUGUGAGCCGUAAGCAGUUACGGUUGUACCAGCUCUAUAGCCGGACCAGUGGGAAACACAUCCAGGUCCUGGGCCGUAGGAUCAGUGCCCGUGGCGAGGAUGGGGACAAGUAUGCUCAGCUCCUAGUGGAGACAGACACCUUCGGUAGUCAAGUCCGGAUCAAGGGCAAAGAGACGGAGUUCUACCUGUGUAUGAACCGAAAAGGCAAGCUCGUGGGGAAGCCCGAUGGCACCAGCAAGGAGUGUGUGUUCAUCGAGAAGGUUCUGGAGAACAACUACACAGCCUUGAUGUCGGCCAAGUACUCAGGCUGGUAUGUGGGCUUCACCAAGAAGGGGAAGCCCCGAAAGGGCCCCAAGACCCGGGAGAACCAGCAGGAUGUGCACUUCAUGAAGCGUUACCCCAAGGGACAGGCCGAGCUGCAGAAGCCCUUCAAGUACACGACGGUGACCAAGCGGUCUCGGCGCAUCCGCCCCACGCAUCCCGGCUAGGUGCCCUGGUGGCUGCUGCAGGCCGUCCGGCCACACUUACACUCCCAGAGAACUGCAUCAGAGGAAUAUUUUUACAUGAAAAAUAAGGAAGAAGCUCUAUUUUUGUACAUUGUGUUUAAAAGAAGAGAAAAACUGAACCAAAACUCUUGGGGGGAUGAUAAGAAUUUUAUUGUUGACUUGAAACCCCCAGUGACAAAAGACUCACUAAGGGACCCUUGUCAGCCCAUAGGUGCUUGCCUCUCUCUAGGAGUAGACAGCUCCAAACUUGUCCCCAGAGGAGGACUUGAAUGAAGAAACCAACACUCGAGAAACCAAAGUCCUUUUUCCCAAAGGUUCUAAAAGCAAAAAAAAAAAAAAAAAAAGAGAGAGAG